AUGACCCCUUCCGCGCUGCGAAUCGGCUUCGUGCCCGAGCACUUCUCCACCCCGCUCUACUUUGCGCAGAAGCACCAUGGUCUCGACGCCACGCUCAUACCCUUCCCCUCCGGCACCGGCCACAUGGUGACCGCCUUGAGAGCGGGCGAGAUUGACGCUGGCAUCGGCUUGACUGAAGGCUGGAUCGCUGGGCUCGGCAAAGAAGGCAUCGAGGGAGACGGGGGAUAUCGGCUCGUCGGAACCUACGUCGACACGCCGCUCUUUGCCUCCCCCCCCCCAGGCUGGGCCAUCUCCACCGGCGCCAAGCGUCCCGAGAUGACGUCCGUCGAUGCCCUCAGAGGCCGAAAGAUUGGCGUCUCCCGCAUCGGUUCCGGAAGCUACGUCAUGGGAUUUGUCCUCGCCGACCAGCAGGGCUGGCUCACCAAUGCCGCCCAGCCCCCGUACGCGGACACGGUGGUGCUGAACAAUUUUGAGAGCCUGCGAAACGCCGUCAACGCCGGCGACGCCGACUUCUUCAUGUGGGAGCACUUCACCUCCAAGAAACACUACGACGCCGGCGAGAUCCGCCGCCUAGGCGAGAUCUACACCCCGUGGAGCAGCUGGAAGAUUGUCGCCUCAACCGACUUGGCGCCGAGGGAUGGGGCCGUCGACGCGCGCAUCGAGACCUUGUUCGAGAAGCUCGAUCAGGGCGUGGCGCACUUCAACAAGAACGAGGAGGAGGCUGUGGAGUACAUCUCCACCUGCCUGGGGUACACGGAGCCCGACGCGAGAGAGUGGUUGAAGACGGUCAAGUUUCCUUCCAAGACCAAGGGCGUUCAGCCCGGAGUUGUCACCAAUUGCGUCGCCAUUUUACGAAAAGCCGGCGUUUUGGUUCAAGGCAAGGGCAUGGAGCCCGAGGCAAUGGUGGUGAAGCUGUGA